ACUUCCCUUAAACCCUAUCUCACGUUUAGCCGCCCCCUCCCUCCCUCCCUCCCAUUACCACGCUGCCCUCAGCUGCCGCAGUCUCGGCCUUCCGACAAGAUCACACACGCCUCCCAUUCGUCUCACACUCUAUAUCUUCUUACAAACACUGCUCACUGAUUGGUUGAUUUGAUUUUUAGAUGGAACCGGACAAAAAACCUGAAAUGGAAGACCCUGAGAAGAAGAAGAAGAAGGAAGAAAAGGCAAGAGAAAAAGAAUUGAAAAAGAAAAAGGCUUUGGAGAAAGCUUUGAAGCUGCAGGCCCAACAAACAUCUAAUGCUCCUAAAAAGAGUGAGAAGAAGAAUGCCAGAAGAGGUGGAGAUGAAGAAAAUGCUGAGGAUUUUGUUGAUCCUGACACCCCUUUUGGUAAAAAGAAACUAUUGUCUCAGCAAAUGGCAAAGCAAUACAAUCCGAGUGCCGUGGAGAAGUCGUGGUAUGAGUGGUGGGAAAAAUCAGGGUAUUUUGUUGCUGAUGCUAAAAGCUCCAAGCCGCCAUUUGUAAUUGUGCUGCCCCCACCUAACGUGACUGGGGCCCUCCACAUAGGUCAUGCUCUUACUGCUGCAAUCGAGGAUGCCAUUAUUCGAUGGCGGAGAAUGUCUGGAUUCAACACCUUGUGGGUUCCAGGGACAGACCAUGCUGGGAUAGCUACUCAGGUGGUUGUAGAAAAGAAGAUAAUGCGAGAAAGGAAUUUAACCAGGCAUGAUAUUGGUCGGGAGAAAUUUAUUUCUGAAGUUUGGGAGUGGAAAACCAAGUAUGGUGGUACAAUUUUAAAACAACUGCGUCGUUUGGGUGCGUCUCUUGAUUGGACCCGUGAGUGCUUUACAAUGGAUGAGAAGAGAUCGAGGGCUGUCACAGAGGCUUUUGUCAGGCUGUUCAAAAAUGGGCUCAUUUAUAGGGAUUUGCGUUUAGUUAAUUGGGAUUGUGUCUUGCGUACCGCAAUAUCUGAUAUUGAGGUGGAUUAUAUUGAUAUCAAAGAGAAGACUCUUCUCAGGGUUCCAGGAUAUGAGAACCCUGUGGAGUUUGGUGUUUUGACUUCGUUCGCUUAUCCACUAGAAGGGGAAUUGGGUGAGAUUGUGGUGGCCACUACUCGAGUGGAAACCAUGCUUGGGGAUACUGCAAUUGCUGUUCAUCCUGAGGACACGAGGUACAAGCAUCUUCAUGGAAAAUUUGCUAUUCAUCCAUUCAAUGGAAGGAAGCUUCCUAUAAUUUGUGAUGCAAUUCUUGUUGAUCCAAAAUUUGGAACUGGCGCUGUUAAGAUCACACCUGCUCAUGACCCAAAUGAUUUUGAGGUUGGAAAGCGUCAUAACCUUGAGUUUAUAAAUAUUUUUACUGACGAUGGUAAAAUAAAUAGCAAUGGUGGCUCAGAGUUUGCAGGAAUGCCACGUUUUAAAGCCCGAGAGAUGGUAGUCGAUGCCUUGCAGAAGAAGGGUCUUUAUAGGGGUGCUAAAGAUAAUGAAAUGCGUCUUGGCCUUUGUUCAAGGACCAAUGAUGUUGUGGAGCCAAUGAUAAAGCCUCAAUGGUAUGUUAAUUGUAAAGAACCAGCAAAGCAGAGUCUUGACGCUGCAAUGGACAAUGAAUGCAAAAAAAUUGAUAUCAUACCGAAACAAUAUUCAGCUGACUGGAAAAGGUGGCUAGAUAACAUUCGAGAUUGGUGCAUCUCAAGGCAACUUUGGUGGGGUCACAGGAUUCCUGCAUGGUAUGCAACAUUAGAGGAUGAUCAACUGAAGGAGUUUGGUGCUUAUAAUGACCACUGGGUGGUCGCCAGAAAUGAGGAAGAGGCUGAGGAGGAGGCUAAACGAAUUUAUGCAGGAAAGAAGUUCCAUUUAACACAAGAUCCUGAUGUGCUUGAUACUUGGUUUUCCUCAGGGCUGUUCCCAUUAUCUGUUUUAGGUUGGCCUGAUGACACAGAAGAUCUAAAGGCAUUCUACCCAACAUCAGCACUGGAAACAGGUCAUGAUAUUUUGUUUUUCUGGGUUGCUCGCAUGGUAAUGUUAGGAAUCACAUUAGGCGGAGAUGUACCUUUCCGGACGAUAUAUUUGCACCCAAUGAUUCGUGAUGCACAUGGUCGCAAGAUGUCCAAGUCCUUAGGAAAUGUCAUUGAUCCAGUUGAGGUAAUAAAUGGGAUAUCUCUUGAAGGCCUUCAUAAAAGGCUGGAGGAGGGCAAUUUGGACCCCAAAGAAUUGGCUAUUGCCAAGGAAGGACAGGUUAAGGACUUCCCUAAUGGCAUUUCUGAAUGUGGUGCAGAUGCUCUUCGUUUUGCAUUGAUCUCAUACACUGCUCAGUCUGAUAAAAUAAAUUUGGAUAUCCAAAGAGUAGUUGGUUACCGUCAAUGGUGCAAUAAAUUAUGGAAUGCAAUUCGAUUUGCUAUGAGUAAGCUUGGAAAUGAUUAUGUUCCAAACAAGAAUGCGACACCAGAUGUCUUACCAUUCAGCUGUCAGUGGAUAUUGUCGGUACUAAACAAGGCAAUAUCCAGAACUAUUUCAUCACUGGAAUCAUACGAGUUUUCGGAUGCAACUACUGCUGUCUAUUCUUGGUGGCAGUAUCAAUUAUGUGAUGUCUUCAUUGAAGCAAUUAAACCGUACUUUUCCUCCAAUGAGACAGAUUAUGCAUCCGCAAGGAGUCAUGCUCAAGAUACAUUAUGGUUAUGUCUUGAAAAUGGAUUGCGAUUGCUUCACCCAUUUAUGCCUUAUGUUACAGAAGAGCUAUGGCAACGUCUUCCUUACCCGAAGAAUAGUACAAGACCAGAAUCAAUAAUGAUAUGUGACUAUCCAUCGGUGACAGAGGAAUGGACUAAUGAAGCUGUGGAGAAUGAGAUGGAUCUUAUAGUAUCUGCUGUUAGAUCUCUGAGGUCACUGGCAAAAGAAAGCCGUGAAAGGAAACCUGGCUAUGUGCUCCCCCGCAACCUUGCAGUUGCUGAAAUCAUCAACAAACGCAAGUUGGAAAUAGUGACCCUUGCCAAUUUAUCAUCACUAACGGUAAUCAACGACAACGAUGCUGCUCCGGUUGGAUGUGCAGUAUCUGUCGUAAAUGAAAACCUUUCUGUCUAUCUCCAAUUUCAAGGAGCCAUUUCUGCUGAAGCAGAGCUUGAAAAGAUCAAUAAAAAGAUAGAUGAAAUUAAAAAACAACAGGAGAGGUUGAAAAAGAUGAUGGAUGCAAGUGGAUACAAAGAGAAGGUUCGACCGCAGAUUCAUGAAGAGAAUGUGAAUAAGCUAGCGUCCCUUAUGCAGGAGCUUUUGUCUCUUGAAGAAGCAGGGCAACAUAUUCAAGCUCACAGAUAAAGAUUCAAUAAUUGCUUUUUAAACCAUUACGACCUUUUUCUUAGAUAUGGGAGAUGGCCCAUUUUGGCCAAUAUGUUUUUUUUCCCUAUUUAAAGCCUUAUUCUAAAUUCAGUCUCUGAUUGUAACUUCCCAUUUUUGAGGGGAUUGUUAUACAUGGUACAUUAGUAAUUUCAUAAUGCUUUCAUAUUUAACCGAAAAAAGCUCAGUUUUUUCA